UGCAUCCGGUUUGUCUCCUUCACUGAAGUCUGCGGAUUUUUCUGCGGUUUUUCCCUCUAACAUCUCUCAGAGGAUGAAACCCGUCACAUCAGACACCUGAACGCAACUCCGCUGUAAUGUUUUAUGAAUUAAAAGAAGUAUUUUAGGAGAAUUAGCUUUUAAAGCGAGUUAGCAUCAGAGAAGUGAUGGAGCAGUGACAGCAGUGAGCACAGCUGGUGACAGCAUCAGCUACAGUUUAAAUAUUUAGUUUCUUAUACAUGACAUGAACUCUAAGUGUAGGCAGGCGUGUUAUUUCACCACAGAGUGAAACAUGGUGCCUUUAAAGAGGAGAAAGGUCUCAUCCUCAGGUGCUGGGAACACUGGGAACACUGGGAGUGAGUCAAAGUUCCCUCAGGUUGUUUUGUUCCUGUUGGAGAGAAAGAUGGGAGCCAGCCGAAGAGUCUUUCUGUCUCAGCUCGGCCGAAAGAGAGGAUUCACAGUGGAGGAGCUGUUCAGUGAGAGGGUCACACAUGUGAUUUCUGAGAACAACUCUGGUGAUGAGGUCAGGACGUGGCUCGCGUCACAGGUCGAAGGUCGAGUUCGAACACCUGCUCACCUGCUGGACAUCAGCUGGUACACAGAGAGCAUGUCAGCAGGACGUCCUGUUGAAGUACUGGACAGACACAAACUACAGGAGCAGCAGACUGAUGAAGAGGAUGUUGUGGAGUUUUCUGUGCCGAGCUACGGCUGUCAGAGGAGGACCACCCUGGACAACCACAACGCCGUCCUCACUGAUGCUCUGUCGCUGCUCGCUGAAAAAGCUGAGCUCAGUGACGAGGAGGGACGAGGUGUCGCGUUCCGACGGGCCGCCGCCGUGUUGAAGGCCCUCCCUAAACCGGUGACGAGCAUGACGCAGCUCAGAGGGCUUCCCUGUCUCGGAGGACAUUCGCUGAGAGUCAUCAAAGACAUUUUGGAAAACGGAACAUCGAGUGAAGUUGAAUCUACGAAGCAGUCUGAGCGGUUUAACGCGCUGAAGGUUCUAACAGGUAUUUUUGGAGUCGGAGUAAAAACAGCAGGACGUUGGAUCAGAGACGGGAUACACAACCUGCAACAGUUACAGGCCUCAGGUCAAACACUCAACCGAGCGCAGCGAGCAGGUCUGGAGCACUACGAUGACCUGAACCAGCCGGUCAGUAAGGCGGAGGCUGACACCAUCGGAGAGAUCGUGGAGGAAGCUGUCGCCUCUGUGUUACCAGGAGCACAGAUCUCUCUGAUUGGAGGAUUCAGACGAGGAAAGCUGACGGGCCAUGACGUGGACUUCCUGAUAACACACCCAGAGGAGGGCCGAGAGGUCGGACUGAUGCCGAAAAUCGUCUCCUGGUUGGAAUCACAGGGUUUCCUGUUGUACCAGAAGACUACGAGAAACUCUUACCUGGAGUCUGAGGACGGUCCGGCUCGGCCCUCCUCCAACAUGGACCGCUUUGAGAGGUGUUUCUCCAUCUUUAAACUGUCCGAAGAGGAGAGACAAGGAGCAAAGCAGACGGACACAGAGAACACACCUGAGGACGCGUUCACUCCUGAAGCCCUGUCGCAGGUUAAAGAUGACGGACUGGAGCGGACCAAACCUGCCGGACACAAACCCUGGAGAGCUGUGAGAGUCGACCUGGUGGUGUCUCCCAUCAGCCAGUUUGCUUUUGCUCUGCUGGGCUGGACCGGCUCCAAGUUGUUUGAGAGGGAGCUGCGACGCUGGGCGGGACACGAGAAGGCCAUGUCUCUGAGCAGCCACGCUCUGUACGAUAACAAACAGAAUAAAUAUCUGAGAGCGACGUCAGAGGAGGAGAUAUUUGCUCACCUGGGUCUGGAGUACAUUCCUCCGACAGAGAGAAACGCCUGACCGGACGACAUGAGCUCCUACUGGAGGAACAAGCAAGUACCAUCUGAGGGUUAUCACCUGCUCACAGGAGGGUUAACGAAUCAGCUGACUCGGAGUUCAUACUGAAAACACUGCGGUUUAAAAAAUGAAACUGGGCUGCAUCGGUGCAGGUGUGUCGCUUCAGGGGCGAGGAAUAUUUAGCAACAAAUCCAUGAGUUUUGAAGUUCAUCAGACGACGAAACACUGAAAGUUUAUCAUACUUAAAGACAUGAUUUUAAAACUCAGCAAUCCUUUUAUCGUUUGUGGCAAAGUAGAAAUCAAAUCAAAUCAAAAUUCAGUUUUUAGGUAAGUAGGUUUUCACAGAUUUACCUUGAUGUUUUGCUGCAUAACAAACAAAUCAGAGAAAAAGCAAAGAGUCUUUAGUAAAAAAUAAAAAGUAAAAACAAUAUAUUGAAGAUUUUUAAAAUAUAUCUCUAGCUGUGCAGAGUACAGAGUCAGCUUUGUGAUGAUAAGUGCAAAGAAUAUACCAGUAUGAAGAAUGUGUCAAAUAUAUCUGUUUUUAAAAUGUAAAGAGCUCCACAGUGUUUGAAACAGAGAGGAUGGCGUUCACGUCACCAGGAAUGUGCUCCUGCAUGUCUUUGGUUGGCCAACGGAGCCGACACUGGUUCAGUUUGUUACAGGAUAAACAACUUUAUUUGCUGGACUGGCUCUAAAUGAGGUUUUCGAUCCAAACCAUUGAAGGACUCCCUGAGAGGAACUGCUCACUGGAAAUCUGACAUUUUUUGAUUCUCUUUUGAGAGGAGAACAAAAUGUUGCUUUAUGCCUCUGUGCCCACAACAGCCGUGGCCAGAGGCAUUAUGUGUUUAGGUUGUCCGUCUGUCUGUACUUACCUAUGCACGUCCAAUCCUUGUGAA